UCAUCAUCUAUAUUCUAUUCUAUUCUUACUCCUCCUCGUUUUCAGUUUCAAAAAUACUCCAUAGUCCAUACAUACAAUCCUCCUCUGCUCUUCCACAGAAUUAAUAUAUGAUGUUAACAAUGGAAGAGGUACUUUGUGAACUAAGUGAGCAUGAGAAGAAAAAUGAACAAGGUUUGCCACCUGGCUUUAGGUUUCAUCCAACUGAUGAAGAACUCAUUACCUUUUAUUUGGCUUCUAAGGUUUUCAAAAAUACUUUUUUCAACAAUGUCAAGUUUGCUGAGGUUGAUCUCAAUAGAUGUGAGCCAUGGGAACUUCCAGAAAUGGCAAAGAUGGGAGAAAAAGAGUGGUAUCUAUUCAGCUUAAGAGACAGAAAAUACCCAACUGGACUGAGAACAAACAGAGCAACCGGUGCUGGUUACUGGAAAGCCACCGGAAAAGACAAAGAAGUUUACAGCUGUAGUAAUAGAUCUUCCUUAUUAGGCAUGAAGAAGACUCUUGUUUUCUACAAAGGAAGGGCCCCUCGUGGUGAAAAGACCAAAUGGGUCAUGCAUGAGUACCGUUUAGAUAAUCACUUUUCACCUUCUCAAUCUCAUCAUCAUCCUCACACCUGCAAGGAAGAGUGGGUGAUAUGUAGGAUAUUUCAUAAAUCAGGAGAAAAGAGAAAUUCAAUACUCCAACUUCAAAGUGGUAAUGCUAAUGCUAAUUAUAAUUUAACAUCCAAAAAAAGUUGUUUACCACCACCUCCACAUUUAAUCACAAAUCCAACUUCAUUUACACAACUAAACCAAAAUGACCAAUUAAUCUCACAUUCUCAUAACAUUUUCCCAUUGCAACCAUUCCAACCUUCUUUCCAAAUCAACCACACAUGCAGAAACAACAAUCUUCUUCCAUCUUCUGAACUACUUUUCAAGUCACAACAAAAUUUCAACAUGAAACAAACCAUUCCAAAAUCAGAGGCUACAUUCUAUGAUCAAUACCAAUCAUCACAAUCAAUUGAUGAUGCUAUUAAUCUGAGAUGGAUUGAAAAUAACAAUAAUAAUAAUAAUUCAAGUAAUAAUCAUAAUUUUGAAAACACUUCUUCAUUCCCUGUUGAGAUGGAUGCUGAAUUGAUUGAAUUCUCAGGAGCUGCUACAAAUGCUGAAUUUAGAGACAUGUCAACUUCAACAAACUUUAACAGUAGAAUAGGCUUAGAUGAUGUUCCUAUGGGAAUAGAUUCUUGGUCACAGGCACAACUUGUCUAGUACAUGUAACAUUGUACGUAGUUAUUACUAUGAUGUACUGUUUGGUAACUACUACGUACCAACUACAUGUGUUGUAACCUGUAGCAUAAAUAAUUUUGUACUAUGCCUAUGUUAAGCACUCAAGCUAGGUAGCUAAAUGGUCUUGUAGUAGUGGACAAAUACUUAUUAAAGUAAUUUGUACUAAUAACUUUUUGUGGCUUGGCUACUAGUACUACAAUAGGUAUGUAAUUAUUGGACUUUGA